CGUCGCAGAGUGAUGAGGCAGGGCGCAGCCACUGACAGACGUCUCCCUCCUAGCGUCAACCUCCAUUGUUUGUUGAAGCAUGCUCUAACGGUGUUAUUUCCGUUUAGCUACUGAUGCUGUGGAAUUCAGGCGAUAUCAGGUAGAGGUGGGUGUAGUCAGCACCAACCAGGAUGUGAUGUCAUCACACUCAGACACGCUGGUCAUUCUCCUCCUGCUGCUGCCAGGAAACAAAGGACAUGUUUGAGAUGAAGCCACGAGCAGUAGAGAAGAAAGAGUCCAGCACAGAGACAGAUGAAGGCCUGGGCAGCAGCAGCUGUGGAGCAGGAGGAGACACUGGAGGAGCAGGAGGUGUCAGUAACAGCAGUAGCAGGGUCUGUGGUUCUGGUUCAGUUGGUUCUGGUUCUGUUUGCUCUGUUUAUCUGUCAGACAGUCAGGACUGGGCCAUUUCACCAAGUCCUUCUCCAGAUGAAGGCCCUGCCCACCAGGGCGGCGCCAUCUCCCCUCUGCUGGCUGAGGAGACCUUCAGAUACAUGACAUAUCUUUCUUUGGACUCCUCUCACUCCCAUCCUGACUCUCAGAGUCUCUCCAAAGUCCUCAGCUCUGAUCGUGGGGAGCAAAUGACCAAGACCUACAAUGACAUUGACGUGGUCACACACCUGCUGGCAGAGCGGGACAGAGACCUGGAACUAGCAGCUCGAAUUGGUCAGUCCUUGCUGCAGAGGAAUCACCUCCUGCAGGAACGUAACGAGGUUGUGGAGGAGCACUUGGCACAGGCUUUGGACCAGGUUCACCAACUACAGCAUGAGCUCAGUAAGAAGGACGAGCUCCUCAGGAUGGUGGCCUCCUCUGAGGACAGUGAGACCGAUUCUAGUAUAUCCACACCAGUGUAUCAGCAGGGCAGACCACCAGGGGGAGCCACCAACUCCACCACUCUCAGCCAACUGGAGUCUCUACAGCGGAAACUGCAGGAGAUAGAGGAGGAAAACCUGGCUCUGAGGUCAGAGGCCUGUCAACUGAAGAGAGACACCAUUACAUUCGAGGAGAAGGAGCAACAGCUGGUCAGCGACUGUGUCAAAGAGCUGCGUGAGUCCAACAGUCAGAUGGUUUCUCUGACAGAUGAACUGUCUCAGAAGAACGAGGAGCUGCUCAGACAUCAGGAGGAAAUCGCCCAGCUGCUUUCACAGAUUGUGCAGUUGCAGCACAGAGUCAAAGAGUUGGCCCUGGAGAAGGAGGAGCUGAGAAUUCACCUGCAGGCGUCUAAAGAUGCUCAGAGGCAGCUCACAGCAGAGUUGAACGAGUUAACAGAGAGGAAUGCUGAGUGUGUUGAGAUGCUUCAUGAGUCCCAGGAGGAGAUCAAGGAGUUACGCAGUAAAAACACGCCCUCUGCUGGACUGCGACGACACCUGUCCUAUGGACUCUACCCCAUGGACUCUCUGGCAGCAGAAAUUGAAGGAACCAUGAGAAGAGAACUCAGCACAGAUGAAGAAACAACUUUUCAGGACCAAAGACUUUCUCAGAGGCGUGUUUUCCAGACUGUUCGCUCAGUCAACUCCUUGACAUCAUCUAGAGCAUCUUCAUCAUCUCCUCAUAUCCCAGGUUCUGGUUCUAGUCUAGUGAUGACAUCACAGCCAUUCCUGUCCAAUGAGGAGGAGGAGGUCCAGAUGGGCCGACCUGGUUCUCCAGGAGGAUCUGACCUCAGUAGAGCUCUGAACCGCCUUUCCCUGCGCCAGCAGAACUUCCUGUCAGAGCGACAGUUCUUCCAGACGGCGCGGGAGAAGAAGCUCAGGGCUUUGGAGGAGACGGAGGAUGUGGAUGGAGUGUGUUCACCAAUGAACAGCGUCCUCUCGUCGUUCUCUAACCUGUCAGAACUGUCCUUCAGCUCCAGUGUCUUCAAGACUUUCCUCCCUGAAAAGCUCCAGAUUGUCAAACCCAUGGAAGGUUCUCUGACCCUGCAUCAUUGGCAGCAGCUGGCCAAACCUCACCUGGCCUCCAUCUUGGAUCCUCACCCUGGAGUGGUAACCAAAGGGUUUCGCCCUCUGGAGGUAGAUCCUGUGUACCGUCUCUCUGACAUGGAGGAGGAUCAGGAGGAGGAGCUGGUGCAAGAUGAACCCAGAGGAGGAAAAGAAGGAGUCCAAGAAAAAGGAGCAGCUGAGCAAGGAAAAGAUGAGGAGGAUGAAGAUGGAGGAAUCACUUUUAAAGUUCGCUGUACGUCCACACCAGACGACAGGAAACACUCAACGGUGCACCUUCCUGUCCUGCCCAUAUCCCAGACUGUGUCACUUCCUGUUAAUGAGGUGCCCAGUCAACAACAACAGUCCAUUGCAGGUCACGUUACCUUGACAUCAACAGUCCAAAAUCCAGGUAAGUGUCAGAGCAACACCUGCUCCACCUACACCUUCACCACAUGCCGCAUCCUGCACCCAAGUGACAUCACACAGGUCACUUCCAGUUCUCUGUCCUCAGUCAUGACCAACACUCCCAGUUCCAUGAGGACUGGACCCAGUACACCUUUGACACCCUGCAGACUCAGCCUGGGUGACUCCUUCCCCCUCCGACGCCCUGCAGCUCCCACCAGCAGCCUGACCAAGCUGGUUCUGGAGCAAGGAAUCUCUGCACAGGUGACCACUGAAGCCGCAGCCCCGCGCCGCAGAGGCACACCCAGAAGGCUCUGCCUCCUUCCUAGCACUCCACCAAACUCCCCGUCCAGCUCACCCACUCCCUCUCCCGUCCCCACCGAGCAUCGCGGGCACACAGCUGACAACUUCCUGGCCUCACGACCUGCUGAGCUCUUCCUCCAGGAUGUUUACGGUUUAAAUCUGGGUCGAGCCCCACACCCAGACCUGCCCAGCCCCUCACAGGAAACCUUUAACCCUGUGGACAGAUCGAGGGCUGACUCGGGUGUCAGCAUGGGUCUGGUGGAGCGACUGCGGCGACUGGGCUUCUCUAAAAUUCUUCAUGGUUCUGCAGAGGGUGAAGCAUGCAGAGUACAGCGACAGGAUUCAGCCUUGUUUGUCUCUGCAGGAGGGGGAAGUUUAUUGGACGGCUUGAGGCGCAACCAGAGCCUGCCCGCCCUGAUCAGUGCCAGAGCUGGGAAGACUGUCAGUGCCUCAGGCCCUCCUCUCCAUCAUCCUCCCUACCCCACCUCCCUGGACCUCCCUCCACCUCUGUGGGGUAACCUUAAACAACGAAGACGACAGCUGGCCUCAGACUCCCAGGUUCAGUCCUGUCAUCCAAACAGUGAAGACCAGUAGAAGCGGAUGUUCUUCUGACUCAUGACUUCCUGUGGAGAAACCACAGAGGUUUCAUUUAUGUUGUUUUUUAAAGCACAAAGCAAAUAUGAAACUGUCACAUUUCUAACAGGAAAAAAGGUAAGAACCAUGACAGCAGUAACCAUUGACUUCAGGAAGAUCAACUGUGAUACGGGCCUGAAGGACUAGACCAGAACUAGGGCAAAGAUUGGUCUACAGACAGUCAACCUGUCUGUAGACCACCCACUCUGCUACACCAAAGUCCAUAGAGAAAAACCACCAUUUAUAAAAUGAUAAUUUUCUCUAUGGACCUCAGUGUUGGGUUUAUAAAAACCAUAUCAUUUUUCUCCAAAGUGAAACAAACUUUGGGACCUGGAUAACAUUUAGAGCCAGGUAAUCCAUGUUUAAUUUCUCUAACGAAAUAUGAAUGCACAAAUCAGGAAAAGUAAGUAGUCUCUGAAGGUCCAUUGUGUGUGUGUGAGGAGAAGAGAAGG